AUGAAGUAUCUCGGGGCUUUUUUGCUCCUGUGGAUCAUCACUAUUGCAUCAGCUCAGGAUCCUUGGAAAAAAGAAUGUGUUGAUGGGUUUGAACUUCGUUUUUACAAACAAAAAAAAUCUUACAACAGCGCCAAAUCUUUCUGUGAAGAUCUCGGAGGUCACUUGGCUAAAGUUGAUGAUGAGAGAAUAACGAAUGUCAUUAACUCAGCAUUCCCAAUACAAGAUCAGGAUAACACCUUUUACAUCGGAGGAAACGACUUAGCUAAAGAAGGAGAAUGGAAAUGGCAAGAUGGUACUGAUGUGAUAAUGAAAGAUGAAAAAGGAUAUAAAAACUGGAAAAAUAAUCAACCAAAUGGUGGGACUGGUGAAAAUUGUCUGACAGUCGGUAGAGAAACGUACGAAUGGAUUGAUGUAUCUUGUGAUGGAAACUUCUACUACAUUUGCCAGAAAGAAGUCCAGGGUCCCUUUGUUGAAAUACAAAGCACCAACAGAAACCAGAAAAGUUGUUAUGCAACAGAAUGCAGCACUGCAAAACAAGUUAAAUGGCGUAAAGCAUCUGACGAAGUGUCAACCGCAACUACAACUACAGUUUAUCAAACGAUACAAACUGGAUCAGCAAUAUUAUAUCUUCAAAACGCGAAUAUUUCAGAUGCAGGGUCGUAUAGUUGUCGUAAUCAGGAUGGCCAAACCGGAGGAACAGUAGAAUAUGCAGUGGAUGGAAAUCCCACAAUCCAUGGAAUAUCGAAUAACACUUGCAACUCGAAUUUGAUCAUCUCAUGGAAACCACAUACAAAUGCUGUUGGAUUUCCACACAAGGUCGAAGUAACUACAUUCCCAGGGGGAUCACCAAAAUGGGUGGAAUCACCAACAUCUGGGAAUCAGUCAACCCUAAUAUCCAGUUUGUUGCCUACCACAGACUAUACAAUCAAAAUAACUGCAUGUGUAACGAAAGAUAAUUGUCUACCCAAAUAUUCCGCCACCAAAACCGCAACAACAGGGGGAGCAACGUUGUCUGCUGAGUCUUCGUCUACUACACAGAUCAAAGAGAAUCAAACUUGUGUCAUCGAUUGGACAUUUCCAAACAGUGCAAAGAUUGGUGGCCCGUAUAACGUUGAAGUUAACUUAACUUCGUAUUUGGCUACAUCCCGAGAUUCCAAUAAGCAGUUAAACACACAGACGUUCAAUGUAACAUCAUCGUCGCUGCAUUCCUUUCAACCAGACCCAAAUCGCAACUAUUCAGCUUCUAUAAAAAUAUUCAAUUGUGUCGGAGCGAGUCAAGCAAUCGAUUCAAGUGGGCGUUGCACUGGAAGACCAAAAGCACCUGAAAAAGUAUCUCCUCUCCUUAUUGAAAAUAACGUCAUAAAUGAAAACGGAACCAAAGAAAUGACCUUGCUGCGACCAAAUGAAACCAACGGACUCGUAAGUUGCAUGCUGGUGAUCGUUGGGAAAACUGGAUCGGAGGUUGCUGCUAAAGUUUCAUUGGACAAUUUAAAAGAAGCGAACAAAUCUUGGGAAAACGGAGAAUAUAUUGCAAUGGCCAUACCAGUCUCAAGCAUGGACGAGGAAGAAAUGAAAAUCAUCCUCGGAGACGAAUCGGAGACAUCAUGUGACGUAAACGAUACUGGUAAAAAAGAUUCAAGAAAAAGAAAGAAACGAUCAGCACAGGACGGAAAUGUAUUUGUAGGACGAAGUCAAAAAUUUAACAAAGAAGAAGAUUACAAAGUUUCAGUUGUGACUUCCACACCAUCUGGUGAUGACGUAUACUUCUCUCGAAGCAUGGAAAUUACUUUGAAAUGGGAAACAAAAGAAGUAACGAAUGGUGAAAAAGGAACAGGUUCAAUCAAAUCAGGCGACGAAAGCGGCGGAACACCUAGCUGGACAUUUGCUAUCAUUGGCGCGGUCGUGCUUAUUCUUAUAGUUGGAAUUAUAAUUACUGUCGUAAUAUUGAAAAAAAGAAAAAACAACGAAACAACGAAAAUCGAAGUUCAGCCGUCGGAACUUGAAAAUCCUGUUCCACCGACACCGAAUGUUGCUCCUCAUGCCAGCGACAAUUCCCCAAGAGUCCCGCCUCCUGUACAGCCACGAAGACCAAUUUCUAAUGAAGUACAUAUAGUAGAAGGACAAGACGCUUAUGUGAACUAUGUGAAAAAAGCUGAAAAAAAAUCAGAAACAUCAAUUUCUGUCUCUGACUUGGAAAACGUUUACAACUCUAUGAGGGCCAGAGAAAACAGACUGUUUUUGGAACAAUUUCAGAAAAUUCUUCAGGAGGCCGCAAAAUAUGGCGGAACAAAAAAGUUUGCGUCGAACGAGGCUUUGAAGAAGAAAAAUCGAUAUAAAAAUAUAUUGCCAUUCGAUGAUACCCGAGUUCCUUUAACCGAGGCAAAGUCUGGCUACAUCAACGCCUGUUUCAUAAAUGGCCACAACGUACGACACAAGUACAUUGCAACACAAGGGCCUCUGCCCGAUACCGUUGGUGACUUUUGGCAGAUGGUAUUAGAGCAAAAAAGCAAAGUAAUCGUUAUGUUGGCAAAAGAAAUCGAAGCAGGAAAAAAAAAAUGCCAGAAGUACUGGCCUGACGCGGGGAAAAAUCUUGCGUUUGGAGAUAUAGUGAUUGAAAAUGCACAAGAAGUCAAUUACAGCGCUUUCAUGAGAAGGGUCCUCGUUGUGACAUCCAAGCAGGAUAACAAAAGCUUGACCGUUUACCAAUAUCAAUUCCUUAAAUGGCCUGAUCAUGGGGCUCCUCAGACAACAUCAAACUUGCUCAGAAUGCAUCAAGCGGUCUUGAAAAGUUGUCAAGAUCUGGAAAAUGAUUCUCCCAUCGUUGUACACUGCAGUGCUGGAGCUGGAAGAACUGGAACCUUUAUUGGAUACGACAUUCUACUCGAGGAAAGUACUUCCAAGCGAUCAGUUGACGUGUUCUCUUGCGUCCUCAACAUGAGAAAGCAAAGAGUUGAAAUGGUGCAGACCGCUGAUCAAUAUAUCAUUCUUCACAAACUUAUGUUGGAGACAAGUCUGUUUGGUGACAAAGACUUAUCUACUGAUGAAGCAAAGAAUAAGUUAGAAAUGAUGAAAAGUUCUGGCAACGCUCAAUCAAGUUUGAGAAAAGAAUUUGAUGAUCUCAGCAGAAUAUAUCCGAUGAAAGAUUCAAAACUGACUGGGAACGAGCAUACGAAAACCAACCGAUCGAUGAAUGUAGUUCCGUAUGACUACUCUCUUGCAAAACUUGCAAUGGAAGCUGGCGAAACGAAAGUGCCAUUUGUGAAUGCUUCCUGGGUUGAGAGUUAUGAUGAAUCAAGUCCAAUGAUCGCAUCUCAAGGUCCAACUUCAUCAAACAUUGAUUUAUUCUGGAGAUCGGUUCUAGAUAACAAUGUGAAUACGAUCGUUAUGUUGACGGAACUGAACGAAGGGCAUGAGGAACAAUGCGCUCAGUACUGGCCGUCAAGUGCUGGAGAAGAAUUAAAACUGCAAAACAUCAAAGUAACUCUCGCCGCAGAAGAAACUGACGCGAUUGCUGUAACAAGAAAAUUGAAGAUAGAUCGGGGAAUACAAUCGAGAUCUGUGACUCAAUUUCAUUACACCGGAUGGAAAUCAACAAGUUGCCCUGAAGAGGCAAGAGGGAUAAUCGACCUUGUUAGUAAAAUGCAGAAAAAUUUUAGAUCCACUGGAAAUGGAGUCAUUCUCAUACAUUGCAGGUAA